AUGUUUGGAGAACAAAAUCGAUCAAGAAAUACUAAUAUCCAAUCAACACAAACAUCGAAUAACAAUCAAAAUGGUUCACCACAACCACCUCAACCUCAAGGACAAGUUCCUCAAUUCCAUUUCUAUGUAUUCCCGAUGCCAGUAACACCAGGAGGAGAUGGUCAAGCCACCCCAAACGUAUUUUUCUUUACACCCUUCUUUAUGCCACAAGAAGUUCAAAAACCACGUGCUUCAGAGUCGGUCAUGAAAAAAUUACCAGUUGUCACCAUAACUAAAGAACAUUUAGAUGCAAAAGCAAGUUGUCCGAUUUGCUUCGACCUUUUCUCUCUUUCCGAUGAACAAAAAGAAAACACAACAGAUCAUGGAGAUAAUGAAGCGACUGUGACCACAGAACCUGUGCGAAAGAUGCCAUGUAAUCACAUGUUCUUUGAGGGUUAUUCAUUACGUGAUAUCAAUUCAAUGUCACGAACAUUGGACUUUCGUUGUCCAACGUGCCGCGCUCCUGCAAUUCUGCAAAGCGAUGUGUUGAAAGUAGCUGCCGCUCCGAAUGAAAAUGAAAGUGCAAAUUCUCCACAGAGCGAACAGCAGGUGUUUUCAAUAUUAAACUUACCUUUAACCAUUAAUUUAUCGGAUUUAUCAGAUUCCGAUGAUAUGGACUUGGAUUAA